AUGGCUCUUGCUCUAGCACGCCGCCUACUCAUGGUGCUGCUCCUCGCGGGCACCCGCGUCGCAGCGCCGCCGCCGCCGCAGGUCUCACCUUCGGAGGAAACGGUGGGCGGCAUCACGGCCAUGUACAACUUCGGGGACUCCAUCUCGGACACGGGGAACCUCCUCCGGCAAGGCGACACCGGAAUACUGCGUUACACUACGGGCCUUCCCUACGGCGUCACCAUCGGCCGCCCCACCGGCCGUUGCUCCGACGGCUUCCUCAUGAUCGACUUCCUUGCUGAAGAUCUCGGCCUCCCGCUGCUCAACCCAUACCUGGACAGGCGCGCGGAUUUCACGCACGGUGUCAACUUCGCCGUCGCCGGAGCCACCGCGCUCAGCACGACGGCACUGGCCAACAGGGGGGUCACCGUCCCCCACACCAACAGCUCCCUUGGAGUUCAGCUCAGAUGGUUCAAGGAGUUCAUGAGCUCCACCACCAACUCCCCUCGAGAGAUACGGAAAAAACUGGCGAGUUCACUGGUGAUGCUGGGGGAGAUCGGCGGAAACGACUACAACUACGUCUUCCUACAGCGCCGAGGGACGAAUGGUAGAUAUGACCCGAUCAGCAAUGCUACCCGCAGCGCGGAGAGCUUGGCGCACGCCCUCGCGCUCGUACCCGAGGUCGUGCAAUCCAUAGCAGACGCAGCCAAGGAGGUGCUGGACAUGGGCGCCACGAGAAUGGUCAUCCCGGGCAACUUCCCCAUCGGGUGCUUGCCGAGCUACCUGAGAGCGGCGACGGCGUCGAGACCCGCAUCGCUGCGCGACGGCGACGGCUGCCUCGUCUCCUUCAACGUCCUGGCGCGCGCGCACGACGAGCGCCUGCACCACGCCAUCGGCGAGCUGCGGCGGUCGUACCCUGACGCGACGGUGGCCUACGCCGACUACUUCGCCGCCUACCUCGAGAUCCUUCGCCACGCGCCGCGGCUCGGCUUCGAGGGCGGCGCGGCCCUGCGUAGGGCGUGCUGCGGCGCAAGCGGCGGCGCUUAUAACUUUGAUAGUAAUAGGCUGUGCGGCGCGCCGGGGACGACGGUGUGCGCGGACCCGAGCAGGCGUCCAAGCUGGGACGGCAUCCACCUCACGCAGCAUGGUUACCGCGUCAUGACCGAGCUGCUGUAUCGCCGAGGGCUCGCGUGCCCGGCUGCGGUGAAACUCCCGCGCCAGAAGCCUUGCCCGCCCGUCAGUUGACGCGGGUCGUCACGUUUGUUGGCGGUUUGGGCCUCCGACUGGUGUAGCCACAUUGUACGUACGAGCUGCUUCUUUGUCUCAAAAAAAAAACAGAGCUGUUUUUGAAUUUGUGAAAGCUCUGCUUCACCUGUCUCUGUUCAGUUACGCAGCUGCAUGCGUACCGUUUAUUCGUUCAAUACGCUGUUGUAUAAAUGGAGCCCGGAAGUAGUAAUAUUUGCCAGAUUUUGCAUGACCAA